GCCAUGGCUGCCCUGCUGAGCCUCGUCCUGCUGCUGGCGGCCGGCGGUGCCCGCGCCGCCGUGCUGCCCGAGUCCCGCGUGGUCAACGGGCAGGAUGCGGAGCCCUACAGCUGGCCCUGGCAGAUCUCGCUGCAGUACGAGCGGGACGGGACCUUCCGCCACACCUGCGGGGGCACCCUGAUCGCGGCCAACUGGGUGAUGACGGCCGCGCACUGCAUCUCCAAAACCCGCACGUACCAGGUGGUGCUGGGCGAGUACGACAUGAGCACGGGCGAGGGCUCCGAGCAGCGCAUCCCCGUCAGCUCCGACGACAUCUUCGUGCACCCCAAGUGGCUCAGCUUCUGCGCGGCCUGCGGCAAUGACAUCGCCCUGAUGAAGCUGCAGCGCCCGGCCGUGCUCUCGGCGCAGGUGCAGGUGGGGCGGCUGCCGCCCGCCGGCUCCGUGCUGCCCAACGGGUACCCGUGCGUGCUCAGCGGCUGGGGACUGCUCACCACUGGGGGCUCUACCCUGCCGGACCGGCUGCAGCAGGCCGAGCUGCCUGUGGUGGAUUAUGAGCACUGCACCCAGCCCGACUGGUGGGGCGCCCUGGCCAUCCGCAAGACCAUGAUCUGCGCCGGCGGCGCCGAGAAAUCCGGAUGCAACGGCGACUCCGGGGGACCCCUGAACUGCCAGGCUGAGGAUGGCACCUGGGAGGUGCACGGCAUCGCCAGCUUCGUGUCUGCCCUGGGCUGCAACGCUGCCAAGAAACCCACGGUGUUCACCCGCGUGUCCGCCUUCGAGGACUGGAUCGCUGAGACCAUGAACAACAACUGAGCAUGGCAGCGUCCUUGUCAUCAACUCCCCCUGGCCUGGCAUCGGGCAAAUAAACACCAACAGCUGG